UAAGCUAGCCUACUCACCAUUCCACUACCUUAACUCAAACCCCCAUCUCUUCUCAAAGACACAAGCCAGCACAAACAAACAUGUCAGAACAAUCCAAAAACACUACUCUUCGAAACAGAAAAGAAAGUUCAGAAGUAACACUCGAAACUAAAACUGAAAAUCAGCCUCUCCCGCAAGAUUUUCCUCUUCCCGACACAGAAGAGAAACAAACCCGGAGACAAAAAGCAGUUAGUCAAACGUUUUUAACCUCAGCCAACUUAGCCAAUCAUUUACCAACUGGAACAGUUCUUGCUUUCCAGUUUCUAGCACCCAUUUUCUCAAACCAGGGCGAGUGUGACUCAGCGAGCCGGCUCAUAACUGCCGGGUUAGUAACUAUCUGUGGACUUUCAUGUAUCCUGUCGACCUUCACCGAUAGCUUCCGAGACAAGAAAGGUACCGUGUGUUACGGGUUUGCUACGGUUAAUGGAUUAUGGAUUAUGGAUGGAUCAGCGACUCUUCCACCUGAACUUGCUGCAAAUUACAAGCUGAGAUUUAUAGAUUUCGUGCAUGCAAUUAUGGCAGCACUUGUAUUUGCUUCUGUUAUUCUGUUUGAACAGAAUACGGUGUCUUGCUUCUAUCCGUCGCUGACGGUUGAGAACCGGAAGAUUCUUAUGGCGAUGCGAGUUGGUAUUGGUGUGAUUUGUAGUAAGUUGUUUGUUGUUUUCCCUACCAAGCGCCAUGGAAUUGGCUUCCCUCUCCCUGAUGCUUGAUACUAUUUGAAGUUUCUUUUCUCAGAUUAGUUCAGUUGAGUUUCUCUUUGUAUUAGUUAGAAUUUUCACUAUAAAUUUGUGAAAGUAUGGUAGUUUUCAAUCUAAUAUCAAUAAAAGAGAGAUUCUAAUUUCUAUUAA